CAUUCCACCUCCAGCAGCUGAUUCUUCACAAACAUUUCCCCAGUUGCAAAGCUGAGCAGUAGGUGGCUUCAGGAAAGGCAGCGGAGUUGACUUCUACCAACAUGAGGGCAGCUGGAAUUCUUGUCCUCUGUCUCUUCUCCUCCAUCCUGUCAACAGUGACAUCUCUAAAGUGUCAACAAUGUGUUAAUGUUGGAAUUGAAUGUAAAGAAGAGAAUGUGAAGGUGGUGGAGUGCAAAGAAGAUGAAGAAUUUUGUUCUACUGUACUUGGUAAUAGUUCUAUAGCCAAAAUUCCAGUGAGUUCAAUUAUCAAGGAAUGUGCAACCCGAGAGGCGUGUUGGGAUGGGCUCUACAGCACCACAACAGUAGAUGGUAGAUUUAACAUAGCCAGAGGUAACUGUUGCCAAACCGAUCUCUGUAAUGCAGAACCGCUUCCGUUGGAAAAUUAUGAAGAUUUUCAACCAAAUGGGUUACAGUGCCCAGGCUGCUUUGCACUAGAUGAGGAUUCUUGUGAAGCCAAUCAAUCUGUAGCCUGCGUCGGCGAACAGGAUCUGUGUAUUACCAUAACUCAUAAAACAGUAGCAGAGUUUCCCCCACUUGGAAGUUUCUCUGAGAAGACCACUCACCAAGGAUGUACGACAAAGAGUUCAUGUUCCUUCCGUCCAGGAUAUUCUAAGAUGGCUGGUGGGCUGAUUCACAUGAAUGUCACCAUCCUGGAAUGCAGAAAUGCAUCUUCUUCUGAACCUGAUCAUCAGUGAUUGUUGGGAAGAGCGAACCUUCUUUGCAAAUAUUGGGAAAUUUGUAAACAAUUGGAAAAUUGGAGAUUUAAUAGUGAAUUAAAUAGAGAUUGGAAUAACAGAUGCUUGUGAGUCCUACCUGAAUCAGUAGGGGAAAGCUAGAAAUUUGGGUCAAAAAUGUUGACUAUCAUGCUUUGAGACCACAGCUCAAUAAAAUAAGUGUUUUCCACAGAAUCAUCAUAAAAAUAAAUUGCUAUGACAAAGAAA